UGUUUUUCUAUGUGCUUUUCCGUGACGGGAAAUUUCUUAUCUGUCAGAGAGGAGAGAUUUUCAGGCGGUGGGCUGAGGUGGUGAGGGUGUAUGUGGAAGGAGGAGAUGGUUCCUUCAGCAGGAUGGACCGGAAGAAAGUUGUGCCCGGGUUCGUGCCCUGCUGUCUGUUCCUCUCGCUGUGCGUGUCUGCAGUGGUCACUGAAGGUGGACACUUGAAUAUUGUGCAGAGUUCAGCUCCCCUCUACUGUUCAGAAGGCUUUACGGAACUGGGCUACUAUAAUGGCUCAAUUUCCCAAACAGACUCAGGCUCCCCCUGUCUCAAGUGGACAGACUUCCCAGACUACAUGCAGCAGUACCCGGGCCGAGGCCUGGGAGACCACAGCUACUGUCGAAACCCAGACCGAGAGGCCAACCCCUGGUGCUUCUUCAGGCAGAGCUCUGGUGCCAUUGGCUGGGCCUACUGCGACUGCCAUCAGGGUGCAGCCAGAUUGGUGGGGGGAUCAUCAGGUAACAGUGGUCGUCUGGAGGUCUACCUAAAUGGCCAGUGGGGGGCAGUAUGUGAUACACACUGGACCGACCGUGAUGCUAGCGUCAUAUGCAGACAGCUCGGACUGGGGGAGAUCGGUACAGCCCUGCAGCAUUCCUACUUCGGCCCAGGUUCCGUCUUCCACUUUGAACGUCUGGGUUGCCGCGGUAAUGAGAAUUCCCUACUGGAAUGCCGUAGCAGGAAGUUUGUCACCAGCGACUGUUACCAUGGCCAUGAAGCAGGGGUGGUUUGUGCCGAACCUGAAGGCACUGGCAUCCCUUUAAGGCUGGUGGGAGGCCUGGAGGACUUUGAGGGCCGUGUCGAGGUGUACCAUGAUGGCAAGUGGGGAACCGUCUGCAAUAAUCAGUGGGAUGACACUGAUGCUGAGGUGGUGUGCCGACAGUUGAACCUGGGGGGUGUGGCCAAGGCGUGGACAGGGGCCCACUUUGGUCAGGGUGAUGGUCCCAUCUUCCUGGAUGGGGUUCAGUGUACAGGCAAUGAGCUCUCUCUGGAGGAGUGUCCUCAUAACCCCUGGGAGCAACACAACUGUGAUCACAUGAAAGAUGCAGGGGUGUCCUGCAACCCAUACACAGACGGUGCAGUUCGUCUGGUGGGAGCAGACAGUCACUGGGAGGGUCGUGUGGAGAUAUACCACCAGGGACAAUGGGGCACUGUUUGCGAUGACAACUGGACUGAGAUCAACGCCCAGGUAGUGUGCAGACAACUGGGCUUCAGGGGCCAUGCAGAGGUGGCUCCUGACGGGGUGUAUGAAGAAGGUCGAGGGCUUAUCCUUCUGGACGAGGUGCAGUGUCGAGGAACAGAGGCCAGUUUACUGGCUUGCUCCCACUCUGAGUGGGGCCAACAUGACUGCUCUCACAGUGAGGAUGUAGGUGUCCGCUGUGAGAGGAGAGGUGAUACCAAUGAGAUACCAGACCUUUUGCCCUCUAUUGGCCCUCUGGUGCGUUUGGUUGCUGGAGAGAGCAGGAAAGAGGGUAGAGUGGAGGUCUUCAUUAACGGCCAGUGGGGAAGUGUGUGUGAUGAUGGCUGGAAUGAUGUCAAUGCAGCUGUAGUUUGCAGACAGAUGGGAUUCAUAGGUGUGGCUAAAGCUCGAUCCAUGGCAUACUUUGGUGAGGGUCAAGGUCCCAUCCACCUGGACAAUGUUCGAUGCUUGGGUGCUGAGAUGUCCUUAGGACAGUGUUCGGCUGUGGGUCAGGAUAGCCAUGACUGUCGCCACAGUGAGGAUGCAGGUGUCAUCUGUGACUACAUCCUGGAUCCUGUGGGAGAUGCUGCUGUGGCCAUGCAGACCUGCGGUCUGAGACUCAAUAACCAGCGUCGCAGACGCAGGAUCAUAGGAGGAGAUAAGUCACUGAGGGGUGAGUGGCCCUGGCAGGUGUCUCUGUGGCUCAGGUCUCAGUCUAAAGGAAAUCAUCCUUUGUGUGGAGCAUCACUCAUCAACCCCUGCUGGGUUGUGACUGCCGCCCACUGCUUUAAGAGAUUUGGCAGAGACCCGACCCGCUACGUGUUGCGCCUGGGUGACUACCAUACUGAGGAGCAGGAUGACUUUGAACGCACCUUGUCCCCUGAACGCAUUGUUAUCCACAGAAAAUACCACAAUCAGGGCUGGGAGUACGACAUCGCCCUGCUGCGGCUCAAAGGCACAGAGGGCAACUGUGUAGCAUUUAACCCUCACACUGGUGCAGUGUGUCUGCCAGAGCCAGGUAACAAGUGGGAGAAGAGGCCGGCUGCCUGUGUGAUCACUGGCUGGGGCAUCACAGACUCGGAGUACUCCCGAACUCUGCUCCAGGCCUGGGUCCCCCUGCUUCCAGCCUGGAAGUGUAAGAAACGUUACAGUGAUCGCUUCACCAGCCGCAUGCUGUGUGCUGGGAGCCUGUCGGAGCGCCACCGUGUGGACAGUUGCCAGGGUGACAGUGGGGGUCCGCUGGUUUGUCAGGCAGAGGGGGGCCAUUGGGUGCUGACAGGAGUCAUCUCGUGGGGUCAUGGCUGUGGUAACCCUUCAUUCCCUGGAGUGUACACACGUGUUAGCAGGUUCCUGCGAUGGAUUGACAAGGUCAUCAGCAAACCCUACAAGACCUAAUAAAAGAGACUUGGACUGUUUUUUUUGUUUUUUUUAAAUUGAUAGCAUACAUUUCUCUAUACUGAGUUCAUUUAUUCACUACUAUUUACACAGUGCUCUUUAUUGACAUGCAGCUCAGCAUCCAAAAUACACCAUUGCAGCCAAAACACUUGAUACACAACAACAUGAACAACAGGUAAAAUCAACCUGGAUCAUAAUUGUCAUUUAUUCAUUUAUUUAGCAUAGACCAAGACACAAAUACAACAAAAAAGGGCAUGGAUUGAUUGUGCUACCUUAUAGUAUGUGUCACAGAAAUGAUAUUUAAAGGAUAUAUUUUCUAUUUUUAAUUGUUUGAUUUAAUGCCAAGUGCACAAAAUGAAACUAAAAUAAUGCAGUAAAACACUACAUUAUGUCGUAUAUUGUUAUGUAUUUACAAUAUAUUCUUGUAUAAGACAGCUACAGAUAUAGAAAUACAAUAACAUUAGCUGACCCUUUAAUCUGUAUUUAUCUGUAUUAAUCUGUAUUGGCGGUAUUUGUGAUGGUGAAUAGGGAGCUGAGCCAGAAAGCAAAGCUUUUGAUUUACUGGUCCAUCUACGUCUUAACCCUCACCCAUGGUCAUGAACUUUGGGUAAUGACUGAAAGAAUGAGAUCACGGAUACAAAAUGCAAAAUGAGUUUCAUCCGUAGGGUUUCUGGGCUCAGCUGUAGAAUUAGGGUAAGGAGCUCAGACAUCCGGGGGGAGCUCGGAGUAGAGCUGCUGCUCUUUCGCGUUGAAAGGGGGCAGUUGAGGUGUUUCGGGCAUCUGAUCAGGAUGCCUCCUGGGUGCCUUCCCGUUAGAGGUGUUCUGGGCAUGUCCAACUGGUGGGAGGCACUGGGGCAGACUCAGAACACACUGGAGGGAUUAUAUAUCUCAUCUGGCCUGGGAACGCCACGGGAAAGCGUUGCCAGGGAGAGGGACAUCCAGAGUACCCUGCUCUGCCCGCUGCUCCCGCAACCUGGCCCCAUAUAAGCAGAUGAAAAUGGAUGGAUGGGCUGUCAUCUACAUCACAACCUUCUUUCCUAUUUUAAAAACACACCUGCAUGCCUGAUCCAUCCUGGCAGUCUUGGUGUCCAGAAUGGGACAUUUGAUCAUGUGGCAGGUGGUCAUACACACCCCUCCAUGAGGAAAAGAAUACCUUUACAGUUGCAGAGUAGAGGAUAAGUUGGCAGGAAAAGUGACUCUAUCCUGGGAUGGGCAGAAAACCACCAUACAGUUACAAAAUGCUCCCCUCCCUUACCUGACACGUCUUUCAUAGAGGUCAUUAUGAAUGAAACCAGACACUCAGAGCUGCACUCUUAAGUUCCAGUCAGGAGUUCAUACAUUUAAUUUAUUUUUACAUAUAGAUGUGAAAAAGUGUUUGGUUUGGAACGUAAAUGUUAACUUCUUUUUUUUUUUUUUUUGACAAAUAUGUUUACAUGUGCAAACAUUGACUUCUGUUGUGCUGACUGAGUGAAAAGUUUAGAAGAAGUGAAUUCAGUGUUGAGAAAUGUGUGGUACCAUUUGUAGAAAAGAAAAACUAUAACAACAGUGGAAAAGCACUGUAAUUAAGUUAUUUCAGGGCUUGUUGCACAAGGUAUGUUUUGGCCAUUGCUUCUGUGUUGUGCCUCCUGGACUACUGAGCUCUUCUGAUCAUUUGUUUUCCCUCCACAUCACUUCAAAAAGCAUUUAUUGUCACAGUGUGAACUCGUGCCAAAUUUCCAAAUAGUAGGUGGCACCUGUGUUGUGUCAUACUUCAAAGAACCAUGAAAAGAGCUGGUGAUGAACACACAGCAAGUGGUAAAUGGUGUAGAUUUGACAUUUACCCAAACUGCAGUAUAGCUGGACAACACAGGUCUUCAUAGGUCCGGAAUUCUGGAAUUGGUUGAGUGGAAAAACCUGCCUGAAUCCACUGUGCAUGACUACAUUUUGAUUUAUUAAUGGGUACUAUUACAGAUUGAGUAUAUCACCCAUCUAAGAAGGAAGAGAGAAAGACAUAUUGACACACAGGAGACCUGUGACAAUCCAGUUUGGAUCCGACUACUAGGAAUCCAGUCCAUUAAGACCUCUACUGGGUAUAUGUGGCACUGUUAAAGUGAUAUACUAAGCCAGUCAGGUGAAAAGUUGAAUGACAUUGCAGUAAAAUGCAAACCUUAGUCACACAGGGUCACCUGUAAAUAAGGACCUCAUGCAAGCCAGUGAAAGAAUGACAAAAAAAUAUAUAUUUGAAGAAUGAUAAAUGACAUGAUACUGCUGAAUAUGUAUGCUACAUACAGACAUUUUUUUGUAAUAUAAACAUUCCAAGUGUGCUUUGAACCAAAACCAUAGCUCAUAACCAUCAAUUCAAUGGAAUUCUAAACAUUCAUGACAUCACAAUGUAGUCCUGGGGUCCCGGGCCACAGUGCCUGCAUGAGCAGCGUCUGUGUUGUAUAACCUCUGUUUAUGUUUUUCUCUUUUUUUUCACAAUCGUGUUAACUAUAGACUAUAUAAAAUUGUUAACAGAUGAGAGCAGCACUGUCCGCAUGAUUAGACAGGGCCAGGCUGCUGCUCAGCUGUCUAGCAUCUAGAGAUUUGGAGUCUCGUCUAUUUUUUCUGCCUGACGUGCAGGUUUUAGUCAAAGUAGACUGAAAAUGGUCUUUGGAUACUCAUAUUGACAUUAUACCACUUUCACUACAGUUUCAGUGUCUGUAUCUGUCAGACAUGAAAAAAUAUAAAUAUAUAUAUAUUUUAACUCAACACUUCCUGUUUGACAUUUUACGUUUCAAAAUAAAAGCCCUCUAACAAUGUCUCUGUGGACAGAACACAGUGUAAAAAUAAUUGG